AUGAGGACUCCCCUUCGUCCCGGGGUAUACUGCCCAACAGUGACCUUUUUCGACCCUCAGACCGAAGAACUUGACAUCCCAUCGAUCCGCAAGCAUGCUGUCCGGCUAGCAAAGGCCGGGCUUGUUGGGCUUGUCACGAUGGGUUCCAACGGCGAAGCAGUACACUUGACCCGCGAAGAGCGGAAGACGGUCACUCGCGAGUCUCGUGCUGCUCUCGACGAAGCCGGAUACCAGAACGUGCCCAUUAUCGCCGGGGCGAGCGAGCAAAGCAUCCGGGGCAGCAUCGAACUGGCGAAGGAAUGCGCCGAGGCUGGUGCAGAAUACGUCCUGAUCGUGCCGCCCAGUUACUACCGCUAUGCCGUGGGCAAUGACCAGUCAAUCUAUGAGUUUUUCACCGGCGUGGCGGAUAGGUCUCCCGUGCCUGUGAUUCUAUACAACUAUCCAGGAGCUGUGGCGGGUAUCGAUAUGGACUCGGAUCUGAUCAUUCGCAUCUCUCAACACCCGAAUAUCGUCGGAACCAAGUUUACUUGUGCGAAUACUGGGAAGUUGACCCGAGUCGCUCGUGCUCUCAAUGCCAUUACCCCUCCUGCUCCUUUUGCGACCAAGCCUCUGUCAACAACGAAGACAACCGCAAACCAUCAAUACGUUGCUUUUGGCGGCAUUGCCGACUUCGCUCUGCAGACUCUUAUCUCAGGAGGCUCGGCUAUUAUUGUUGGCGGGGCCAACGUGAUUCCUCGCACGUGUGUAGAGAUAUUCAACCUAUGGAGCCAAGGGAAGAUCGCGGAGGCAUAUGAGUUGCAGAAGGUACUGAGCGAUGGCGACUGGGUGCUGACAAAGGCAGCUAUUCCUGGAACGAAGCAGGCUAUUCAGCUUUUCUUUGGAUACGGUGGCUAUCCCCGGCGGCCAUUGCGCCGAUUGGAUGAGGCGAGCAUCAAGGAUCUUGAAGGAAAGCUUCAAGAAAUCAUGACAGUGGAACGUAGCUUACCAGACUUUGCUUAG